CUUAUCAACAAGAUGAUGGAGCUGCUGACUGGAGAGGUUCCUAUAAGGUAUCAGGACGUGGCGGUCUAUUUCUCCAUGGAGGAGUGGGAGUAUGUAGAAGGACACAAGGAUCAGUACAAGGAUCAGGUCAUGAUGGAGGAUCAGCAGCCCCUCCCAUCACCAGUCAGAUCCAGUAAGAGAACAGCACCAGAGAGGUGUCCCCGUCCUCUUGAUGAGAAGAAUAUGGAGGACAUUCCUACAGGGAAAGAUCUGGCCUAUAUUAAUCCUACAGAUAUAAAAGAUGAAGAUACAGAUGUGAGCGGUGAUAAGCAGUAUAAGGAGGACAUUCCUACAGGGGAAGAUCUCAUCUCGUUUAAUGCUACAGACAUAAGGGAAGAAGAAGAGACAGAUGUGAGCAGUAAUGAGCAGUAUAAGGAGGACAUUCAUACAGAGAAAGAUCUGAUCUAUAUUAAUAUGACAGAUAUAAAGGAAGAAGAGUCAGAUGUGAGCGGUGAUGAGCAGUUUAAGGGGGACAUUCCUACAGGGAAAGAUCUGAUCUAUAUUAAUGCUCCAGACAUAAUAGUAAAAGUAGAAGAAGAGACAGAUGUGAGCGGUGAUGAGCAGUAUAAGGAGGACAUUCCUACAGGUAACCGCCCAGAAAUGUUCCGGUUCGGGUCACCUGUGUGGGUCCAAAUGGAGGUAUAGGUGCGGCUGGCGAGCCGAGAGCAAAAAUCAUUAAAAAUAAAGGUUCCCC